AUCUACCUACAAAUUGUAAAAACCUCCAUGAGUAUGGUGAGAAUAAUUCGGGUGUGUACCAGAUUUUCCCUUAUGGAUCCCGAGCCCGACCUGCCAGAGUUUUCUGUGAUAUGUACACUAUGGGAGGUGACAGUAUGAUGCACACGGUCACUUCUACCGGGGAUCUGUCUGGGAUGAAAUUCACGACGUAUGACAGAGAUAACGAUCUGUGGACCGGAAACUGUGCUGCUUAUUUUAAAGGAGGCUGGUGGUUCAACAACUGCUACUGCGCCUUCCUUAAUGGUGCCUGGACCCCGGAUAGUUGGGGAUCUCCUUGGUAUCCCACGGUUAAAUCAGGGAAAUCUGUUAAGGAGACUCUAAUGAUGAUCAGAAGUUUAUAG